GCUCACGUGUCUCCGCAACCGGCUCGGGAAUGAAGCAUCGUAGCAGGUUUUAAGGUACUCUGGAAAAAGAAGAAAAUGGGACCAGAGAGGAAGUGAGGAUCCCACUUCUUAGAAGAAGCUGUAUGGGGCAGCCCCCACCUCCACUAUAGCCAGUCAGGUGGGAAGAACAGGAGGAUGUCUUAAGGAUGGAAAGAUAAGAUAACAUCUGUGACACACCUGUCCCAGUGCCUGGCCUUGCUCUACCUCUAGUGCUGAAGGUUGGGAAGAGCUGGAGCUCCGAAAAACCCAGUGCUGCCCUCCGGCUCAGCUCUGACUCUUCCCUCAGCUGUCCCGGGCAUGCGGCCGUGAGUCAGAACCUGCAGACCCUGCAGGAGGAGGACUCUCGGAGCCAUGGCCCAGCUCAGCAUCAACAGCAACCAUGGCGAGUGGGGCUGGAGCACGGACGCCGGGGAGCGGGCCCGCCUGCUACAGAGUCCCUGUGUGGACACAGCCCCCAAGGUGGAGGGGGUGUCCUCCCCUGGGGGUCCAGACAGAGGCACCACGUCCACACUUGGGGCCAUCUUCAUCGUGGUCAACGCCUGCCUGGGUGCAGGGCUGCUCAACUUCCCAGCAGCCUUCAGCACUGCGGGGGGCGUGGCAGCCGGCAUCACGCUGCAAAUGGGCAUGCUGGUUUUCAUCAUCAGUGGCCUCGUCAUCCUGGCCUACUGCUCCCAGGCCAGCAAUGAGAGGACUUACCAGGAGGUGGUGUGGGCCGUGUGUGGCAAGCUGACAGGCGUGCUCUGUGAGGUGGCCAUCGCCGUCUACACCUUCGGCACCUGCAUCGCCUUCCUCAUCAUCAUCGGAGACCAGCAAGACAAGAUUAUAGCCGUGGUGGCCAAAACGCCGGAGGGGGCCAACAGCGGCCCCUGGUACACAGACCGCAAGUUCACCAUCAGCCUCACCUCUUUCCUCUUCAUCCUGCCCCUCUCCAUCCCCAAGGAGAUCGGCUUCCAGAAAUACGCCAGCUUCCUGAGCGUCUUGGGCACCUGGUACGUCACUGCCAUCAUCAUCAUCAAAUACAUCUGGCCAGACAAAGACAUGGUCCCCGGGGACAUCUCAAGCAGGCCAGCUUCCUGGAUAGCCGUGUUCAAUGCCGUGCCCACUAUCUGCUUCGGAUUUCAGUGCCACGUGAGCAGUGUGCCCGUUUUCAACAGCGUGCAGCGGCCCGAGGUGAAGACCUGGGGCGGGGUGGUGACGGCCGCCAUGGUCAUAGCCCUUGCCGUCUACCUGGGCACAGGCAUCUGUGGCUUCCUGACCUUUGGGGCUACCGUGGACCCGGACGUGCUCCUGUCCUACCCCUCGGAGGACAUGGCUGUGGCCGUUGCCCGAGCCUUCAUCAUCCUUAGCGUGCUCACCUCCUACCCCAUCCUGCACUUCUGCGGGCGGGCAGUGGUCGAGGGCCUGUGGCUGCGCUACCAGGGGAUGCCAGUGGAGGAGGACGUGGGGCGCGAGCGGCGGCGGCGGGUGCUGCAGACACUCACCUGGUUCCUGCUCACCCUUCUGCUGGCACUCUUCAUCCCGGACAUUGGCAAGGUCAUCUCGGUCAUCGGGGGCCUGGCCGCCUGCUUCAUCUUCGUCUUCCCAGGGCUGUGCCUCAUUCAGGCGAAACUCUCCGAGAUGGAGGAGGUCAAGCCGGCCAGCUGGUGGGCGCUGGUCAGCUACGGAGUCCUCUUGGUCACCCUGGGAGCUUUCAUCUUCGGCCAGACCACUGCCAACGCCAUCUUUGUGGAUCUCCUGGCCUAACCACUGCGUCCCAGGGAAGACACGGCCUUCACUGUUGGACCCAGGAAGCAUCUUCUAAAAAUGUGGGGCUGCCCCAAGUCUGGCAUCCUUCCUGUCUACUGGUGGAAUGGCAUCUGGACCUCCUUUUCCAGGGACAGUUCUGGGUGAAAUCAGCCCACAACUCUAGACAGCUCAAUCCCAGCUCCCUUCCUGCUCCCCAGUCCUUGCAGUGCUGAGGAUGAUAGGAAGAGGUGUUACAUCACAGAAGAACCUCCCCUGCCCCCCAGCUCUGGGCUUCUCCAUUCCUGUAACCCAUGGGUGAAGAGAGUCAGGAGGCUUUGAAAGAAAGGACCCAGCCUGGCAUCCCCUGGUCCUCCACAGAGCAGCCUGUCCCGAGCAGGGGCUGUGCUCGUCCCCCCGGGGCUCAGAGUCUGGCUCUGGUCCAUUGACAGCCACAGCCAGUGGCAGCUUCCUCUGGAAUCCAGCAGCUUCUGAAGGUAGCACUGAAGUCAUACAAGCGAGCGGAGACUGGUAGACCUCUUUCCUAGGGCUAGCUGACAUUCCCCAGGCCUUUCAGGCCCCCUUUCUCUCUCUCUUUCCCCAAACUGGUGGUCCAGGCAGGGCAUCCCUCUUCUCCUCCAUCCACAGGACAUCACCAAGUCUAAUGUUUACAAACGGUGCCUGCCCGGCUCUCUGGAGCCAGGGGCUGUCCCAUGCCGCGGUGCUGUAAGUCCUCCUCUGCUGUUAGCUUUUCCCAUGGGGAACCUGCUUUUCUUUCUUGAAUUCCACGUGGACCUCUCUUUCCACAGGCACAAGGGUGGACAGGUAGAGAAGUCUGGGGACCUUUCAGGCCGUGCAUGUGGGCCGGGCUGGCCAGGAUCAAGGUGAACUUCUGACAUCUCUUUUAGUGAUGGCUUCUCUUCCCCUCCCCACACCCCACCCCCUUCCAGCCACCCCCAGCAUGGUGGCCCAGAGAGAAAAAGAGCAGUUGUCGUUGACGGGGAGCAACGUGAGUCCAGCCACUCCAGCCUAGAAGUUUCCCUUCCAGUCUGGGUCUUGUCUGCUCUGCCUCCACCACCCUCACCCCCCUGUAUCGUCUCUUCACCCCUCACCCCGUUUCUCUGUGUAGCUCAGUCACUCCCAUUCACGGAAGUCAGUGGAGGUGCCAGAGCCGCUCCCACUGGCCUCGUCAGCACCACCCGUGCCCCAGGCCUGGCCUCGGGACCUUUCAGUCAGUUGAGGUCACCCCCGGGUUGUUGCCUCAGGCAGGUGGGGAGGGCUGCUGAGCCCCCUUCCUUUCUCCCGCCCUGGCCACCUUGGCCUCUCAGCUGUCCCCCUCACGUUGGCCAAUCCCAGGCACCAAAUCAGGCUUCGUCCGCCUGGAACACCCAGCGUUUCCUGGGUCGUUCCUGCCCAGAAUCACUGAAGCAGGGAGGUGGGGGGACCUUCCCUCACCACCACCACCCCCCGGUGGCCCCCUACUCAGGCAUCCAGUCCAAGAAGCAGAGGCUGUUAGAGGUGACCCGGGCUCUGCUCAGGCCCCAGGCAGGAUGAGCCGCCUUUCCUCACGUGCCCCCUUGGUGCCCAUCCUCUCGGUGCCUGAGCCAGAUGCCUUCCUGCUGUUUCCCCUCAGCCUCCCACAUGGAACCAGCCCUGCCACCGCCUGUUCUGGCAAGGUUCACAGAUGGCCUAGUUGGGAGGGUUGCUCAGCGACCAAGUGCUGCAUUUCAGGGAGUGAGGGGCAGCAGGGGGGUGGAAGGGGGUUCAUAGCACAGAGUGGGACCAGUGAGAAGAGGAGCCGGGACCUGGCCUCUUGGCCUAACCUCAGGAGCCCCCUCACCAUCCCCUCCCUGUCCUCCCCGUCAGGGUAUUUUACCGUUUCUUUCCUUGUGCACACUUGGAGCAGGGAGGAUCAUUAAUAAAAGGGGGCUUGUGCUGCUGA